CGAACGUGAGUCGAAUACCAUUGAACAUACGAUGUUGCCAGCACUAGCUCUGCUUUUGUGUAUAACUUGUGUUGUACUCGUGCCUAUUCGUUUCAUCCUGAAUGGAAGAAAGAUGGCGUUAUUGGGGAUGACCGACUGAGCGAACUGUUGAAGCGUCUAGAUGCCAAGGAUGAUGAAAUAAAAGAGCUACGUAGACAUCAAAUGAGACAGGAGGCAAAUAUAAACAAGCUAAUUAUGCAGAUUGGUGAACAUGACGUCGAUAUCAACGAACUUCGAUAGACAUUAAACGAUAAGCAUACUGCGAUCAGUGAAAUGGAUCAAAUUCAAAAACGCCAGGAUAAAACCGUAAACGAUCUUAAACAAGCUGUGGAAAAACUGCAAUUAGAAAAUGAUCAAUAACGGAAAUCGUACCCCAAAUGCGAAAGAAGAAUGAAGUCGUUACAGGAUGUAAUGAAAAAGUACAUGCAGAGAAAUAAACAGUCACAAAUUGUUCGUCUAAAAACAAACGCAUACUAUGACAAAGACGAGGCUAAUCUUAUUGGUGAUACAGUGGAACGUGGUUUUAACAAAUCUGCAUCAGCGAUUACCGUCUCUCUCAACCGCCGAGAUUCAGUCAGAAAGAAUCAAGAAGACAGACGUCAUGCUGGAAAAGACAUUGUUGCAUUCUUCGCAGCACUAACGAGCAACGCACUGAAUCUUGGUGUAGGUCAAAACAUAAGAUUUGAUCACGUUAUAACCAACCACGGCUCAGCAUACAACGUCCAUGCAGGCGCAUGCAUUGCUCCAGUGUCCGGUACAUACGUGUUCAUGUAUACCUUAAUGUCGUUUUUUGACCACAACGGUCAUUUUCAAGUGGCCCACAAUGGGAAUAUGGUUUGUAAGCUGUUCGUUGUUGGUAAUGUUGCUGGUGGAACGUGGGCAACCAGCGCUGGAAGCUUUGUCCUGUACCUAGAGAAAGGCGACACAGUAUCCAUACAAAAUGUGGAUCCGGGAGAAUACCUUAGUGGAGGCCAUUACUCGUUCUUCUCAGGGUUUCUUUUGAAAGAAAUGGAACACGAUCCGUCCGUUGUUGGAUAACUAAAUCGAAUGCAUUCACGAAUACAUUGUAUUUAAAAUACAAAUAUGAUUUGUUUACUUCGAUAUUAAAUCGAAUAUUUUCAAUUUAAUGUGAUAAGACGUUGAAUGAAAAUAUAUGAUUCUGUAUUGUUAAUAUAACAUAAAAGCAUAGCAUAGAACACAUGCAUAAUUAGUAAGUUCAUUCCAGAACCUAGUGGAUGAGAUCAUUCGUUUGAUAUAUAUCUACCAGUCAAUAUUAGAAACUACAGUCCAACCUGCCCGAGCGACCGCCUGUUAAUAGCGACCAACAGUCAAUAACGACCACACCGAUUUCCUCCCGAACGAUUUCACUAUAUAUUGAACCUGCGAAUAAAGCCCACCUGUGAACAAAGACCAACGACCACCCUUUUACAUUCUCCAUUUUGAUAGCUUACAACGACCACUGCAAUCAUAAUAAUCAACGAUUUCGCAACUUUCAAAUAACAAAAUGGCCGCCAGGACGCUGCGUAGUCACGUGAUACACAUCUUACCAGUGGACUCGUCGGUCGCUAUGGAGAUAUUGGCAAGUGACAGUUUAUUGCACUCGAUAGCAGUUGUUUGUUUAUUUAACAUGCAUUGCUAAUUGGUAGUCGCCUGCUUCUUUUUUGCAUUUGACAGUUUGUCAAAAGUGUAAAAAUUUGCCUUUGUAUUUAAGUGACUCGCAAUUAAUCUACUAAUUGCCGAAAAUAUCAAAGACAAA